AUGGACGCCGCUCAAAUAUUGUACUCCGAGUUUGAGGACGUGGUGACGAUAGGAGGUUAUUUGUCGGGACUGUAUGCGGGCUUUGAGUUGUCGUCGUUUCGGUCCAAAUGCUUCGCGACAUUCGCAGUGGCGAGUUCAAAGCGGAUUCGGGUCCCGGAGGCGGAGGGGGAAGAUGUGCUGAAAGCGGUGGACGAAGAGGCAGCCAAGAUAAGCGACGGUGCGUUCCGUGCUGCAUUCGAACGAGGCUCGGUAAGCCGGCUUGCGUACAAAAAGGCGAUGGGUCGGUUGCGCACUUUGGUGGACAUGAUUGUGAGAUCGGAAGGCACAUGUGAGACAGAGGUCCACAAAGAAGCGUUGGUGUUGGCGUUGCAGGUAGUGCGGGAUCCGUGGUUUGGAAGUUUCUGUAGACUAGAUGGGCGCAAGGAGAGUGACCAUGAUGCUUCUCUAGACUUGCCGGCGAUCCAGACGUUCUGGAGAGAGCUCGGGUUCAUUCGAGCGCAGUCCAGUGAACCAGAAGGCCAGGCAACGGGGGCGCAGGUGGUAACGGCCAUCAAGCAGAGCUGUCAAGAAAUGGUGCGACUUUUUCUACCCAAGGCGCAGCGGUUUGAGCUUCCCCUCUCGCAGUUCCGCCGACUACUGUUGUACGAGUUGAAUCCGAUGUUCGAAGACCAACUGGCGCUCGAAGAACUGGCACAUGUGUUCGGCGCCAUGCGGCUGGCCCCCGUUGACCCUCUUUAUAGCUGGCUAUCAUCCAUUCCGUUCGAUCUCUUCCGAAGCCUCGUCGCCAGUACCGCGUUGACGUGCACGGUCCUGUUGGUGGAAGUGACACCCUCGUCUGGUGGCUCGGUGGCGGACGACCACCGACGGGCACGCGUGGACGAGGGCAUGGACGGUUCACCCUCCGGACGUCCGGGCUCCACAGGAGCUGGCUCUGCAGGGGGGCCGGGUGCUGCAGGAGGGCCGGGUGCCGCAGGACCUGGUUCCCCGGCAACGGGACCAGGAUCUGCUUUGGGACUUGGCGGAGCCGCCGCGAGUCGUUCGGGUGCUACUGUGGUGCCGGGGCGUCCCCCGCCACAGACCGGUCAUGGCCCCAUGCACCGAAUGCUGGAUGAGUACGUUGCUUUGUUGGACCGGUUUGGGUUCCUGGUGCGGUCAGCUUUACGUCACUUAGGCGAUUUACACGCGGCUAAUGACUACCGACGACGAAAUUAUGAGAGCGAGGUGCUGACUUCUGAGUACUGGGUUGGUAAAGAGCCGCUGACGGACUUACAUGUGGAGACGCUGGAACCUCUACACAAGGACUAUUUGCCCGAAGAAUCCUUUUACGUUGAUUGUAGCUCCAACCUCAUGCUUCUAGAACUGGACUUUCUCGCUUAUCAGACCAACGGACGUAGCAUCUACGGGUUGGUGCGGACCAGCUGCUGCUUGGACCCAAAUAACCAGAGCAGACUUAUCGCUUAUGACUCGCGACAACAACAAAUGGACCGAGGGCGGGUCAUAUCUCUUGGACCCAUUUUCUUCAUGCCCUACUUGUCCAUUGAGGUGCGAAGGGAACAUAUUUUGGAUGAUGCCUUAAACAAGUUGGUACUGGCGCAGGUCUGGGAGGGUUACGAGUCGCUGAAAAGUCCGCUUAAAGUGAAGUUCAUCGGAGAGGAAGGAAUUGAUGAAGGCGGCGUGGCUAAGGAGUUUUUUCAGCUGCUUGUGGAACAGAUCAUGAACCCCGAUUACGGAAUGUUCUGCUACCUCGAUCAGACACACCUCUUCUGGUUCAUGACGGAUGCCUUCGGAACCCCCGUACAAUUCGAAUUGGUCGGUAUUAUAUUGGGCCUCGCCGUGUAUAACUACGUCAUUCUCGACAUCCACUUCCCUCACGUCGUGUACAAGAAACUGCUGUCUGCAAACCCUACCAUUGCAGAGAAACUCAAACCUGUAGCAGACCCAACUGGAAGCGAAACAACGGGAGAAACAUCUGGGGAUACAACCGCAGGAGGUAAUGGCGAAACAGCGGCCAGUAGCACCCAGCCGACCGCUGGAACGGCACAACCCGCUGGAGCCAUUCGUCAUUGGAACCGCCCCAGGGCACCCGGCAGCGGCCAAGUACCUGGAGUGGACAUGAAUGUACCUUUCAUAGGCCGAUUGUGCGCCCCCGAAGAGGAAAGUUUCGACAUGGCUAGCACCGACUACGCCGAGGCCAAGAAAAUGACUACCCAACAAAUAGUGUACUGGAUGGCCAGUGGCCAGGUGGAAUACAAACCAACCAUCGAGGACUUGGCGGAGCUCUAUCCCGACGUAGCCAAGGGCCUAAGACAAUUGCUGAAAAUGCCCGGGAGCGAUGUCGAAGCUCUCAUGCUCACUUUUGCAGUCACCGUCGAUCGUUUUGGACAAAUGAUCGACAUACCUCUCAAACUGGGAGACAAAGUAUACGAUCCUGAGGAACCUGUUACCGAGCACAACAGGGAAGAAUAUGUUCAGGCCGUCCUGCAAUAUCACUUGAUUGACAGCAUCGACAAAGAAUUUAGCGCAUUCUAUCGAGGCUUCCACCGCGCUUGCGGCGGCCCAACACUAUGCCGCCUAUGCCCCGUUGAGCUACACUUAUUGAUUUGUGGAGCUCCUGGCGACCUCGAUUUCAAAAGCUUGCGAGAGGGAGCUCGCUAUGUUGAUGGCUACACUGACUCCUCACCCCAGAUUCAAUGGUUCUGGCAAAUUUGCGAAGACUCCUUCACCCAGGAUGAUAAAAAGAAACUUCUUUUCUUCAUCACAGGAUCUGAUCGAACACCUGUCGGCACACUCGCGUCUCUCAAGCUCACGAUCAGUAAAGCGGGUGGAGAGAUAGAUCGGCUGCCUACCGCACACACGUGCUUCAAUCAUCUCCUGCUUCCCCCUUACAAGUCGAAAGCUGAUCUAGAAAAAUUCCUUAGAAUCGCUAUGGAGUACAGACACGGUUUUGGCCUCCGGUGA